AUGUUGUUACCAAGACGGUUAUUAAGAUGGUUUUGUUAUUUUGUAGUGGUUUUAAUAAUUGCUAUUAAUUUAUUAUUAAUUGCAAAUAAACAUCAAAUAAUUGAUAUGAAUAAUUAUAUUCCAUAUGAUUUAUUCAAACUGACGGCACCAACGUUUUUUCAACCACCAUCUGAUUCAUUCAUAAUUGACGUAUCUAUAAACAGUUGUUUGCUCAUAAAUUCAAAAAAUCCAAAUUGUGGAUUACCUUCUCCAGAUCAUGGUUUAAAUGGAGAUUUAUCUGAAUAUGAAGGUGGUUGGUCAAAAUUACCAAAAGAUAUAACAUUAAAUAAAUCAUAUUUUAAGAAACAGUUUUUUUCAAUUAAAAAGAUUAAACAUUCAUCAUUUGAAAAUCUCAUAAAAUUUAAAGAUAUUGAAGAUAAAGUAAUUUUAGACAUUGCUGUGUCCAAUCCAACACAAGAUAAAUUAAUAAAAGGGAAUGAGAAAUUGAAAUUACCAAGUUAUAUUAUUAAAACUUUCCACGAACAAGUUGUAUAUGAUGAUGAAACUCAUAAAAAUUUAAUUGAACAAAAUUCAGAUAAUAAAAUUGAUAAGAUUACCAAACCUGAUGAAACUAAACAAGCAAGCUAUAAAAUAAAUCAAAUGGAACAAGAAAAUGAGGAAAAACAACAAGGGAAAAGAGAAGAAGUAGAUGAUAGGAAUCAAUUAAAUAGACUACUUUAUGUUCCUACAAUGAAAGAAGUUGAACAAGAUGGUUGGGUUGAAAAAUUUAAUGGAAUUUGGAUUAAAUAUGGUUCUCAUAAUGAUAAAAAUUCAAUAACUGCUAUUGAUUUAUUAUUUGGUCCAGAAGCAGUUGAUCCGAGACCAAAUUGGAAUUUGAUAAAGAUUCCAUUACAAGGUUUAUCUAAUCCUUCUGAUUUACCAGUCUUUAUUUCAUUUCGUAGAGGUCCUAAAAUUGACUAUAGAAAGAAAUAUUUAAACAAUAGGAAUUUAAAAUUAUCAAAAGAUUAUAAAUUUAAAAUCCUUCAAGUUGCUGAUUUACAUUUCUCAACUGGUUAUGGUAAAUGCCUUGAUCCAAAUCCACCAGUUGACAAUUGUAAAGCUGAUUCAAAAACUUUAAAAUUUAUUGAAACCGUUUUAGAUUUAGAAAAACCAGAUUUGGUAAUAUUAACUGGUGAUCAAAUUUAUGGAGAUACUGCACCAGAUUCAGAAUCUGCAAUUUUUAAAGUAUUUGGACCCUUCAUAGAUCGUAAAAUUCCAUUUGCCUGUGUUUUAGGAAAUCAUGAUGCUGAAGGUUCAAUUAAACUGAAGAAAGAAAUAAUGAGUUUAUAUAAUGAUUUACCAUAUUCAUUAGGAGCAUUAGGUCCCGAAGAAAUUGAUGGAUGGGGAAAUUAUGUAUUACCUAUUGAAGAUUUUAAAAAUUCAAAUAUAGGAUUAAGUUUAUAUUUUCUUGAUUCACAUUCUUAUACAAAAAAUCCAAAAGCUUACCCGGGGUACGAUUGGAUUAAAGAUAAUCAAAUAAUAUACCUAAGAGAAGAAUAUGCAAGUAUAGAAGAACAAGUUAAAUCAUUUGAAAAGAAACAUUUAUCAAUGGCAUUUUUCCAUAUUCCAUUGCCAGAAUAUAGAAAUUUAGGUGGGAAAGAAAUUGUUGGCUCUCAUAAAGAAGGUAUUACUGCUCCAAGAUAUAAUUCUGGUGUUAGAGAUGCUUUACAAGAUUUAGGUAUUCAUGUUGCUUCUGUUGGUCAUGAUCAUUGUAAUGAUUAUUGUUUAUUGGAUAAAAAAGAUAGUAGUCCUGAUAAUUUAAAUGAAGUCUGGUUAUGUUAUGGAGGUGGUGUUGGAAAUGGUGGUUAUGGUGGUUAUGGUGGAUAUAUUAGAAGAAUGAGGAUAUAUGACAUUGAUUUAAAUAAAGGUGAAAUUAAAACUUGGAAAAGAACAGAAAAUGAACCAGUUAAAAUAAUAGAUGAACAAGUGUUGAUAACAGAUGGUAGAGCACCCGGAGAAUAA